AUGGAGAGUUGUGGAAGGCUUUUGGAAAAAAACUGACUAUUCAACAAAUCUAAAGAACCGCAUCACAGCUCUGAACAUUCCAAAUAUGUCUACACCGCAUUUUUCUUUCAUUAUCAAGUUAUUCUGCAUGUGCUUCUGGUCUGGAGCCAAACAGGCUUAGCCGUAACCAAGCUAUAGGUGGAAUGUAGCAGGUGGUCGAAUCUCAAAUAGCUCGAAAGAAGUGCAACAGAACGUCCAGAGGAUGGCUGACAAGCUAGCCAACAUGUUUGACAUCUGAUCCCGUUAUCUGAUUGCGUCGUAGUAUAGUCCUUUGCGUUGCGAUCAAAAACAUUCAGUGGGCGCUUUUUUUCUCCAUUGAUUGGGUAGCGCUGUCUCCAUUGUUCGGGCGUGGGAUGAGAUAUUUUCACGUGUUCUUUUCAUCACCAAAUCUGUAGGAAAGGCUACACCUCUUAACUAAUAGCUAAUACAUGAUUUGUGUAUCAGUUAGAUUAUGGCUAUGUGACAGUAACAUGCAGCGAAAGUUAGGAGUUUAGACUUUCAUAACCUCUUGUCACUGUACAGCGCUCCAGUGGUUUGGGUAUCGACGUAGCUUGCACGGAAGGAAUGGAUUUCUUUUGGAUAUUUUAAACGUCGUUCAGUUUUAUACACGUGGACUACAUUCCACAAGUCCAAUCCAUCACCACGCAUCGACGGGAACAAUAAUUUGCCUCCCCAUCGAGAUAGUUUUUGCACUGGAUAUGAUUCAAUUCAUCAAAAGAGUAUUCUUCACAUGCAGGAUAACACGGAGAUCACCCCAACCCUUCAGCCCUGAACGGGCCUGCUGCCACUGACACCACCCAGACCUUCCCCCCGGGAGCACACUCCAACCUCCUGAUCGCAGAGGGACGGAGGUCUGUCCUACCUGAGGCCCUCUGACAGAGAUCUGCACAGCCACCGAGGGUAAACGACAACAGGAGGAGGAGAGAGGAGAUAACUACCACGCUGGUGAGAGGAUGGAGUGAGGGAAGGAGAGAGGUGGUGAGAGAGAGAGACAGAGAGAGGGACAGAGACAGUGAGAGAGAAAGAGAGAGGUGGAGACAACAAAACAACGACAGAUAAAUUAGCCUGUGCAGGAGCCAAGCUCGUAUUCUGAUUUAACCGGCCGCUCCCAGGAGAAGACAUGGCACCCCCUUGCUCCUCCAGCUUCAGGAGCCACUAACACCCCCGUCUGGACACACCCAGGAGCAGCUGGGCGGUGCCCCCAGAUCUUGCCAGGCUUGAGAGGGGAUCCUUGUUGAGCUGAGGCCAUGGCUCUGUGUGUUCUCCCAGGGUGUUUCUCCAGUCUGUUCCCCCUGCUGCUUCUCCUCUGCAGCUCUCUGACCUCCACCCAGGCAGCCCGGCCCAAGGGCCCUGGACACACGCACCUCAACUCCAUUCGCAUCGACGGGGACAUCUCCCUGGGAGGGCUGUUCCCCGUGCACGCCCGGGGCAACGAGGGCAAGGCCUGCGGGGAGCUGAAGAAGGAGAAGGGGAUCCACCGCCUGGAGGCCAUGCUGUUCGCCCUGGACCGCAUCAACAACGACAACUUCCUGCUCCCCAACAUCACGUUGGGGGCGCGCAUCUUGGACACCUGCUCCAGGGACACCCACGCGCUGGAGCAGUCGCUCACCUUCGUCCAGGCGCUGAUCGAGAAGGACGGGACGGAGGUGAAGUGUGUGGGCGGGGGGGCGCCCCUCAUCACCAAGCCUGAGAGGGUGGUGGGCGUGGUCGGAGCCUCUUCCAGCUCCGUGUCCAUCAUGGUGGCCAACAUCCUGCGGCUGUUCAAGAUCCCUCAGGUGAGCUAUGCUUCCACAGCUCCAGAGCUGAGUGACAACACUCGCUACGACUUUUUCUCCCGCGUGGUCCCUCCAGACACGUACCAGGCCCAGGCCAUGGUGGACAUCGUCAAGGCCAUGCGCUGGAACUACGUCUCCACCGUGGCGUCCGAGGGCAACUACGGCGAGAGCGGAGUGGACGCCUUCAUCCAGAAGUCCCGGGAGGACGGUGGUGUCUGCAUCUCUCAGUCCGUCAAGAUCCCACGCGAGCCGAAGGCAGGAGAAUUCGACAAGGUCAUUCGUCGUCUCAGAGAAAACCCCAACGCCAGGGUGGUCAUCAUAUUCGCCAACGAGGAUGACAUCAGGAGACUACUGCAUGCAGCCAAGAAGGCGAACCAGACGGGUCACUUCAUCUGGGUGGGGUCGGACAGCUGGGGCUCCAAGAUCUCCCCCGUGCUGAACCAGGAGGAGAUGGCAGAGGGAGCUGUCACCAUCCUGCCCAAACGCCAGUCCAUCAGAGGGUUCGAUCGUUACUUCAUCAGCAGGACGCUGGAGAACAACAGGAGGAACAUCUGGUUUGCCGAGUUCUGGGAGAACAACUUCAGCUGCAAGCUCAGCAGGCACGCGGUGAAGAAGGGCUCGGGGCUGAAGAAGUGCACCAACCAGGAGCGGAUAGGGAAGAACUCGUCGUACGAGCAGGAGGGGAAGGUGCAGUUUGUGAUUGACGCGGUGUACUCCAUGGCCCACGCCCUCCACAACAUGCACCUGGAGCUGUGUCCGGGAGCGGUGGGGCUCUGCCCCAGGAUGGACCCAAUCAACGGGACCCUGCUCCUCAAACACAUCAGACGCCUCAACUUCGCAGGCAUCGCUGGAAACCCUGUGUUCUUCAAUGAGAAUGGAGAUGCUCCAGGUCGCUACGAGAUCUACCAGUUUCAGAUAAGGAACCAGACAGCAGAGUACAAGAUCAUCGGACACUGGACUGACCAGCUCCACCUCAACGUCCGGGCCAUGCACUGGCCAGGUAGGGUCCAGCAGGUGCCCUCGUCCACCUGCAGCCAGCCAUGCCAGGCGGGCGAGAGGAAGAAGACAGUGAAGGGCAUCCCCUGCUGCUGGCACUGCGAGCGCUGCGACGGUUACCAGUACCAGGCCGACACCUUCACCUGCAAGCUGUGCCGCUACGACCUGCGGCCCAACCCCAACCACACCGCCUGCGUGUCCAUCCCCAUCGUUAAGCUGGAGUGGAGCUCUCCCUGGGCUGUGGUGCCCCUGCUCAUCGCCGUUGUGGGGAUCCUAGCCACCGUCUUCGUGGUGGUCACCUUCGUACGCUACAACGACACGCCCAUCGUCAAGGCGUCCGGCCGUGAGCUGAGCUACGUCCUCCUGACGGGGAUAUUCCUGUGCUACGCCACCACCUUCCUCAUGAUCUCCGCCCCUGACGUGGGCAUCUGCUCGCUGCGCAGGAUCUUCCUGGGGCUGGGCAUGAGCAUCAGCUACGCCGCGCUGCUCACCAAGACCAACCGCAUCUACCGCAUCUUCGAGCAGGGCAGCAUGUUGGUCAGCGCCCCACGCUUCAUCUCCCCCGCCUCCCAGCUGGUCAUCACCUUCAGCCUGACCUCGGUGCAGCUGCUGGGCGUGGUCAUCUGGUUCGGCGUGGAUCCCUCCCAGGCCAUCAUCGACUACGAGGACCAGCGGACGUCCAACCCGGAGCAGGCUCGCGGCGUGCUGAAGUGCGACAUCUCCGACCUGUCGCUCAUCUGCCUGCUGGGCUACAGCAUGUUGCUCAUGGUGACCUGCACCGUCUACGCCAUCAAGACCCGCGGCGUCCCUGAGACCUUCAACGAGGCCAAGCCCAUCGGUUUCACCAUGUACACCACCUGCAUCAUCUGGCUGGCCUUCAUCCCCAUCUUCUUUGGCACCUCGCAGUCCACCGAGAAGAUGUACAUCCAGACCACCACCUUGACCAUCUCCGUAAGCCUGAGUGCGUCUGUGUCUCUGGGCAUGCUCUACCUGCCCAAGGUGUACGUGGUCCUCCUGCACCCCGAGCAGAACGUACCCAAGCGCACCAGGAGCCUCAAGGCCGUGGUCACCGCAGCAACCAUGUCCAACAAGUUCAACCCCAAGGCCAGCCUCCGCCCCAACGGAGAGGCCAAGACAGAGCUGUGUGAGAGUCUGGAGACCCAAGCCUUUGCCUCAAAGCAAACCUACAUCAGCUAUAGCAACCAUGCUAUCUAGGAGACGCCAUCAUUAUUUUCCUGCAGGAUUGGCACCUCACUAUGGACUGUUAUGAAAGAGAGAAAGAGAGUAAGCAGCGAUGACGAUGACAGAGGUGUUUGCUACACAGACCACAGUAGACAGAUCAAACAGAACUGAUGAACCAGCAGAAGACCUCUCAGGACCAGAUCAUGAAUAAUCCUGAAUGUCCAUCUUCCAUCAGCCAACACGGAACACCAACGCUGGUUUGUUGGGAGGCUGGGCUCUUUAUGUGGGUUACCUUGGAGCUACGCUUUGUCGCCAUGACGUCCGUACCUGGGCGUAAUGCAGCGACAAGCCACCAACGCCAGUAUGUGUUCAGGUGGGACGAAACGCUGGUUUUGUGAUGUGUGAUAAAUGUUGUUCUCAAAGCUUCGCAGAGACGUGGCAGGUGCAGCAGAAGGACACAUCUGGAUUCUAUUGAGAAGGAUGACUGGCGGAUGUUAGUUUCUAAACAUGUUCAGAGAGAGAGAAAAAAUAUAAUCACUAAGAAAACUUUUCAUAAAAUGUUGGAAAACUGAAUGAUUCCAUGAUUUGUUUCGUUCUUUUCCCCUCUUAAUGUCUUUAUUGAGUUGACAAAAAUGAAGAUGGCAACUAGGAAGAUUGGUCAUUCUUGAUUUUAAGCAUGCCAGUUUGAACAUCAUGUGUUGUGUUGUUAAAAGAAAAAAAUAAUCUUUGGAAUGCGUUCAAACUCUGUGUCGUUGCAGCUGUUUGGCCCAGAUUCUGUUGUACGUAAAAAUCGACCUGGUGAUGGUCUAGUGAGUGAUAUUUGUUUAUUUGUGCUCGAGUACGGCCCCAUUAUGACCAGCAAGCAAAGCCUGUUACUGACCUCUGCAUCUGUGCUUUCAUCUUGUGGGCCACAGCUGGAAGCCUUAGAGGGUUUUAUUCUUUUCGUAGCCCAACAACCAUCUGUCCUCAUGGACUCUCCCUCACUGCCAACAACCUCUCCCCUGUCUACAGCAGACAGGGUCACACAGCUCAUCUAUACUCCAGUAGACGUGCUCCAUCCAGGGUAUGUCAUACUGUUCUCACCCUGGUCGCCUACAGGAACGAUUGAACGUUGAUUAAUUAGUUGAUUAAUUAAUCCACACCGGCUAAUUGCAGAAAACAGGACUAUUAUAAUAGGAUCAUGAAUGUGUCGUGAAGGUAUUUGACUUCAUUUACAGGUGAGGGGGGGGGGGAUGUGUGCCAUUCACCUUCGUCUGGCUGCUUGGGUCCAUGAGAGGGCUGCAGAGUGGAGGCCUCCCACCUGUGUUCAGGGAAACGUUUGUGUUGUGGACUCACUGCUGCUUUUAACCAAUGCCCCCCCCCCCCCCCCCUCACUCAACCCCCCUCCCCUCACUCACUCCCCCCUCCUCUUUUGUAUUACUUUCAAUGCCAUUUGUGUUGCAGAAUAAAAAUAUGUAAGUGCUGACCAAAUUAAUUGGCAAGUUAAUGUAUGUUAUUAAAUAGAUUGAUGAUGUCUGCUUAUACGUCCAUAAAAAAAAACUGAAAAAGUAAUCUAAAAGAAGCAGUGCCUGACUAUCUGAGUAUUUGUAAAAUUUCAUGAAAAAUGAUGAAGUCUUGUGGAGCAUGUCCAGUUUUUAUACCAAAAAAUAUUAUUUCUAAUAAAAACG